CUUGUGCCUGAAAUGGCCAAGCAAAAUUCCCCAUCACUAGCUGAAGUUGUAAAACUAGUUGCAGAGCAGCAGCAGUCACAGGAGUCAGACAUAGAACAAAGCAAAGCAGUUCUUUUCCAAUUGCAGGCAAAGUGCCAGGAACUAGAAAAAGAAAUGAAUUCUGUUCUGUUAGAAACAAAGACAACAGAAAGGGAAAUACAUCUGCAAGAUGAUGCCAUAGAAGUGACAAAAUAUCACUGUGAAAAUCUUGAGGCCCAAGUCAGAGCCCUGUAUUCUGAAGAUUUAAAAUUGAGGUGUGAUGCAGAAACAGUACAAGAGGAGUUUGAGAUGAUACUUGCAAGAAAUAAUGAAUAUCGGGAAAAAAUAAAGGAUCAUAAACAUCUCUUUUGGGAGAUGGAAAGUAAAUUGCCAAUUAUGAUUGAACUUGCUGAAAAGAAAGCGGUUGUGGAAGAAUUAAAGGCAAAGAAAGAGGAGUUAAUAUGUGAUCUGCAGAAUCCAGAAGGAUCUGUUAUGAAACAAGUGCAGGAAGAACUCACACUUUUAAAAAGAGAAGUCACAACAUUGAAAGAUUUCAUCAAUAAAAAAAGAGAUCUGCUGGAAGAAGAGAAAAAAAAGCAUGCUAAGCUUAGAAAGGAAAUUGAGGUACAGAAUAAGAGAUAUGAUGCUAUAUUAAAACGUUUGCAUUGCCAACUGAACAAAGUCCAUUCAAAUAAAAGACAAUGGCACUGGAACAUUCAGCAGUUGGAGAAGAAGGCCGCAGAACUACGAAAGUGUCUUGGAGUAGCAGAGUUACAAAACACAAUGUAA